AUGACUCGGGUUUCCGGAAUCCUCCAAGCGGCCCUCGUCGCAGCCGCCGCCGUCUCACCGGUCACGGCAGCCGAGGGUGGCUUCGCAAGCGGCCGCACCCGCCUCACAACCCCGGCCUCGGACGCUGCUUCCGGCCGUUACAUCGUCGAGCUCCAAGACUCGACCGGCCCCAGCACCCGUCAGGACUCUUCAGUCGGCGACUCCAUUGUCGGUCAGAUCUCAUCUCUCGGCUACGAGGCCACUGUCAAGGAGGACUUCUCCGCCAUCUCGGGUCGCUUCAAGGGCGUCUCCGUCGAGAUUGCAAACGACGAUUCGUCCGGCGUCGUCGACGACAUCAAGAGCCUGCCGGGCGUCGCCAACGCCUGGCCGGUGCAGCCCAUCACCCUCGACGUCUCAUUCGAGGUCACCUCGGGGACGAAGAAAUGGAACCCUCACAUCGCGACCCGCGUCAGCGAGCUUCACGACCGCAACAUCACCGGCGCCGGUCAGCGCGUAUGUGUGGUUGACAGCGGUGUAGAUGUGUCGCACCCAGCUCUGGUUGGCAAGAUCGCUGGCGGAAAGAACCUCUUCGAGGAGAACUCGACCGCCCUCACGGACUGCGCUGGUCACGGAACCUUUGUCUCGUCCAUCAUUGCCGCCUCGAACCAGGACUUUGCCGGAGUCGCGCCCGACUCGGAGAUUUACAUGUACAAGGUCUUUGGCUGCGAGGAUGCGACAUCCAAUGACAUGGUUCUCAAGGGUAUGCUCGCCGCUGACUCGGAUGACUGCGACAUUAUCUCCGUGUCCAUCGGCAGCAACACUGGCUACGUCAACUCUGUUCUUUCUCGUGUUGCCAGUGAGAUUGCUCAGGAUAGACUUAUUGUCAUUGCUGCUGGUAACUCGGGCGCAAUGGGACCAUAUUUCGCCAGCUCCCCGGCUGCUGGCCGUGGUGUCGUCUCUGUCGGCUCGGUCGAGGCAGCGCAGACUUUGGGGUGGCCUGCGACAAUUGUCUCAUCUGGCGGCCAAUCUCUGAACAUCUCGUAUGUCACUUCUGACGGCAACAAGUUCAAUAGCACCAUUGAUGUGCCCAUCGUUCUCGACAAGGGCGACUCGUGCAACAUUGCCGGCUCCGGCCUCGACUCUACCGCUGUUCUCGCAAAACGUGGUGUCUGCGAGCCAGCUGGAUCGUACUCCUCCAUCGCCAGCGCUGGAUUCGGUUACGGAAUCCUAUACGACUCUUACAACCAAGGCGCCUACUACAUGGCUGACGUUGUCGCUUGGUCUGACACCCUCAAGCUUAUGGCUGUCACCACUGCCUCAGUUGGAGACUGGGCAGCCGAGCAGAUUGCUAAGAACUAUACCCUUCACUUGAAGGUCCAGGCUGAUGCUCAACCGGCUGCUUUCGCCGCCGAGGUCCCCAGCGCUGGUCAGCUCUCCACCUUCACAUCGUGGGGUCCCACCUACGAGAACGACUUCUCUCCCAUCAUCUCCGCACCUGGUGGCGUGGUCUACGGCGCUUUCCCCGACGGCAAAUUCGCCAUCUCUUCCGGAACCUCGUUCGCUACACCCUAUAUCUCAGGUGUUGCUGCCCUUUGGUAUGCGCAUGCAAAGAAGGACCGGGCAGAGUUUGUCCGUAGACUCACAUCUACUGCUCUGGCUCUGCCCGCUUUUGAAUCUAUCGAUGGCAAGAUUCUGGACGAGGUUGCGUCGCUUGCUCAGCAGGGUGCCGGUCUCGUCGAUGCCGCCAAGUUGUUUGACUUCACUACCGUGCUUCUUUCCGAGCCGACUCUAUCACUGAACGACACGGACAACCGUGUCAGCACCCACACUAUCCGCAUCCAGAACACCGGUUCGGAGGAAGCGACUUACAACAUCUCUCACAUCGCUGCCUCGACUGUCUCAUCUAGAAACAGCCUAUUGUAUCCCAAUACCUACUACCCGCCUUUGGUGUCCGCUGCUGGAUCCUUAGCCGAGGGCAAGACUAUCACAGUGGCCGCAGGUGCGACUCAGGACAUCGAGAUCACCCUCUCUGCCCCCGACGUCGCUUCUGAUAGCGGUGCUCUGUGGAGUGGCAAGAUCCUUCUCGCAGGUUCAAACGAUGAGUUGCUGGCCGUGCCCUACAUUGGCAUCGAGGCGUCUACUUACAACUGGACUGCGCUGCAUCACGGACCAGAGUCAUACCGUUACGACGAUACUGAUGGCAUUUUGUACCCACUCGACUACCAAGGCAAGGCGUACCACCCUGCUGAUGGCGACUCGCCUGAGACCUACUUCGCCUUCCGCUACGGCACCUACGAGUUCUCCGUCGAUUUGGUCGGCAUUGACUGGAAGACGGAGCAAUUCGCGUACCCGCCGCAACAUGGUUCAGGCUCGAGGGCUUGGCUUGGCUCCGUCAGAUCUCAGCCCCUCGCUGAUGGAGGGUACAUGGACUUCCCCAUGAGAGAGAUUGUGCGCUUCAACCUGGGGAGCUACGUGACUUUCCGUUCUUUUGCGAACGGUACUGCUAUCCCGUCUGGACGAUACCGCAUCUUCACACGCUCCCUGCGCAUGUUUGGCGAUGCUUCCAAGCCUGACGACUGGCAGCUAUUCCUUUCUGAUCCGUUCUCCAUCCAACUCGGAAGCGAUCCUAUCCCGGGCCAGAAUGCCACAUGGACCUCUAGCCUCCCAUCGUCAACAUCUGCUGUGACUACCUCCACUACUGCAGUCCCCACCACAACAUCGGUCCCAACAACCACUGCCCCUGUUUCCGUGCCGGGCACAACCACGACGCUCACAGCCACCGCCACGCCUACCGGCCUCGAAGGCGCCUUCACCUCCCUGAAGCUUCAGAGGUUGAAAGAGGAUACAGCCUUCGUCAUUGACCCGGCAGCAUGGAUGGAACUCCACAUCCAGAUCUCAAUGCCGUCACCUGUUGCCGCUGACUCUGUCCUCACAUUCGCCGUUCCAGCCGAGAUCACCGACAUCGCAGAAGGCUACCAGCUCUCGGCCUCCGGCGCCCAAGCCGGCGAUACAUCCUUCGACCCGUGGACAACCUGGAACAAGAACAUGGUCGGCGACUUCUUCCUCAUGUGCCGCUUCACACCAGAGUUUGCCGCAUCCAUGAAGCAAGGCACCUACGUCGUGCAGUUCCCUACCGUCGGCAAGGUCUGGGAAGCACCCGUGUACUACACAGCCGUCGACCGCUCUGUCGUUUACGAGCGGCUUUCCACCUCUCCAUACGACGGCACAUCGCUGUACACUGCCGAUGUAGAGGUACCUGCUUCCUUGGGACCGUGGGACUUUGUCCGUUUGACCACGUCUCACUCGGCUGAUUCCGACGGAUUCGUUUGCGCCAACUCUAGCGUGGUGAUUGGAGAGACCCUUGAUGCCGAGAACCGCAUUGAGAGCUUCACUGACGUCACGGCAUCGGCUACAGAAGUUUGCAAUGUGAAGAACUUUAGAGCAAUGUACAACGAGACGUUGACGGGUGAUGAUGUUCUUCGGUUCACGGUGGGCAGCAUCCAGGGCAACCGCGACCAGUGGACACUGAAUGUGGUUUAUUUGCUGGAUGUUCAGCUUUCCAAUGGAACCUUGGUGUUGUAUGAUCAAAGGACGCUCGAGUUUGAGAAGAACCCGCGCUUGAGGUCGUUCAACUUCAACGCUUUCUCUGGCGAGAGGGCCUAA